UAUCUUGAUCGAUUUCCCUCAAAUGGUCUCUACCGAACACGAGAAUGCUGAAUAUUAUUUCAACAGAGAUGUCCAAUGUAUCCGCUCCUUUUUCCUGAAACGAUUCAGAUACCAAUCCACGCUAUAUCCCAAGUUCAAUUCGAUUGUCCGCGAAGGCACCCGCCAGAUGAAUCUAGACGUCGAGGUCGAGGCCAGUGGGUUCGGGAAGGGCGAAAGCAGGAAACUGGAAGAAUACAUGGAGGUCUUUGGGGUUGGCUGUGAAGCUGCGGAGACUGAUGAUGACGAAGAUGAAGAUGGUAGUGAUGUUGAUUAUGAUAGUGCUGGAGAUGAAGAGGAUCAACUCGACAAUAGCUAUCGGAUUCCUGAUCCGCAACGGAAUGAAGAUCAUCACAAGACCGAAACUAAAGCAUUGGAGUCGACGAAGACAGCGGAAAACUCAGACCGUACUCAACCCACAGAACUCUCAGAAGAAGAAGAAGAAGAAGAAGGAACACAAAGCAACGAUGAAUCAGACAACCACUCAACAAAUAGAUCGACUACCAAACCCAAGCAGAAAAAGAAGAGCAACAAAAAUGCUCAUCAUCUUCAGAAGGUCGACUUGGACGAGGAGGAAAUCAAGAAUAUCGUCAUCAAGAAGAUGCAGCGUCUCAAAGCCUCCAAUUUCAAUAAACAUCAUACCAAGAAAUCCGUUAAACAUUCUAAUCAUUCGACCCCUCUGGGCUCCAAAUUCAAAAACGACGUCAAGAGUUUAUGUUCUACUGAAUUUUAA